AUGUCUGUUCCGUUAGAGCUGGGCUGGGAAACAGCUCUUCCAGACGUGAACUUGGACUUCUUCCCGAAUAUUGUAUUUUGGAAUGAGAAAGUCCUGGCAAGCUGCGUCUGCGGUGAAUCCCUCGGCUCCCAAUGCGGCUGUCUUUCUAGUUCCGCAGUCUCGCGUCACGAUCCCAACAGUCUCGGACAGUCGCCCACAGAGCAUAGCAACUGGGAUCCGACCGAUUUGGAACCUCGCUUCACCCAACUCGAGCCAGAGGGCAAGGAAGAGCCAAAGCCCACGGCUCCGACGAGGAAAGAGCGUCGAAGACAACAGAACCGGGCAGCGCAAGUUCGACAUCGGAAAAAGCGCAAUCGAUUUCUCCAUGAAACCCUCCGCAGUAUUGAUUCUUUGAGUGAGGAAUUGAAGCACACCCGGGCCCAGCGAGACUAUUUCAAACUCAUGUAUGAAGAUCUCGAGACGCAGCUGUUGGAGAUAAGAGGACAAGCAAACUCGGAAUUCCGCAGCAACGCUCAUACGUAG